AUGCAUCUACGUCCCGAUCAUGCAGUCCGAGACCUUCCAACCCUUCACGCCUUCAUCAAACAACAUCCAUUAGGCGUCCUUACCACUUCCCUGCCUUUGAAGAAUCACCCGACCCUCCAAUGCAGCCACAUCCCCUGGGUGUUGGACAGUGAAACAGCCCUGGAAGAUGAGCCAUCAACUAAAGCAAAAAUAGCCGAUGGAAACACCCCGGCAUCGCCCCUUCCUUCUCUGGGAGUUCUCCGCGGCCACAUCGCGCGCCAAAACCCGCAAAGCAAAGCAAUUGUAGAAUCUGCCUCAGAGCACAGCACCAAAACAAUCAGGAUCCCAGGCGCAUUUCCUAUAACAAGUUCUGAAGAAGAACCAAUGACAUCCACAGGCCAUACACUCCCUGGUGAGGUCCUAAUCGUCUUCACUAGCCCAGUAGACCACUACAUCACCCCGAACUUCUACAUAGAGUCCAAACCGGCCACGGGCAGGGUUGCUCCGACAUGGAAUUACGCUGCAGUGCAGGUCUACGGUCGGGCAACUAUCUACCAUGACACGAAGGACGAGCAAACGGAGCUGUUUUUACGACGACAGCUGGGUGAUUUAGCCCAGCUUGGAGAGGAAGGAGUAAUGGGCUUUCAGGAUGAAUCUGGGUUGACUUCGGGGUCUGAUGUCAAACACGGGGGUGGAAGUGGAACUGAGAAUGGGGAUGGGGAUCCACCCCAAAACAAAGACCAGAACCAGAACCACAGCACAGACCUGGAGCUGCAGCUGGAGCUGAAUCAGGGGGUGAAGACUGCGGCGACCGGGGCUAGCGGGGAUGGCGACCGCAUGGCAUUGCCGAAAUCGACGCCGGCACCUUGGAAAAUCGCAGAUGCGCCACUAGAGUACAUUGCGGCGCUUUUGAAGAAUAUUGUUGGGAUGAAGAUUGAAAUCACGCGGAUUGAGGGCCGGUUUAAGGUUAGUCAGGAACGGCCGGUUAAUGAUCGUGGUGGUGUUGUUCAGGGGUUGGAGAGGAUGGGUGGGAGGGCGAGGGAUAUGGCGGAAUUUGUGAUGAGGGGGAAGGUUUUGCCUGGACAAUGA